GCACCACCACUCACCAGCUAGCAUCAGUUGAUCGCACAGAUCCGACCCGAAACAACAUGAAGGUGCUUGUCAUCUCCGCCCUCCUGGCCGUUGCCGCCGCCGACAGCGGCCCCAGCUACCAGGCUCCGGCGGCGGGCUACAAGGGGCCGGCCCCGGCCUACCACCAGCCCAGCUACGACACGCCGCCCAAAUACAACUACAACUACGACGUCCACGGCUACGGGGACUACGCGCCCCAGUUCAACGCCCAGGAGAACCGCGACGGCUACAAAACCCAGGGCUCGUACACGGUGGCGCUCCCGGACGGCCGCACCCAGACGGUCACGUACCGGGUGGACGACGCCUACUCCGGCUUCGUAGCCGACGUCAAGUACCAGGGCGAGGCGAAGUACCCGGCCUACCAGCCGCAGCCGGCCUACCAACCCGCUCCGGCCUACAAGCCGCCCAGCUACAAGCCCGCCUACAAGCCGGCUCCGUCUUACAGCUAA